UUUGUUACCCUCUCCAUUGUCAUUGUCCAGAGAAAAAAAAGGUAAACACACUGACCGUAUAUAAAUAGAAGAGGGUCGGAAAUGCAUUUAUUCUUGCUAAAUUUUUCAAAGUGCAAACAUCUUCAACCAAGCAGUCAAAACCGUUCGCCGCCGAUAUAAUAAUGAACGUGCGCAAACUCCUCACACUCAAUACGCAGCUGCCUAAAUUGCUCAACUUUCAGCCAACGAUUCUACGCUCAAUUUCAGCAAACAUUAUGAAGGCGCCCACGAUCAAAAUGAACAAUGGGCUGGAAAUGCCCGCAUUCGGCCUUGGUACUUGGCAGUCCGCACCUGGAGAAGUCGGAAGAGCUGUAAACGCCGCUAUUGAAGUGGGUUAUCGUCACAUUGACUGCGCUAUGGUGUAUGGCAAUGAGAAGGAAAUCGGCGAAGGAAUCCGUGCUAUUUUGGACGCGAAAAUUGUCAAACGUGAAGAAUUAUUCAUCACCACCAAACUCUGGAACACAUUCCACGAGCAAGAUAAAGUCGUAGACGCAUGCCGCAAAUCAUUGGAAAACUUCGGCUUGGAUUACAUUGAUUUGUAUCUUGUGCAUUGGCCAGUCGCACUUAAAACCGUCGGACCUUACAAUUCUUUGUUACCGUUCGAGAACGCAGUGGGAUAUGAUUACGACUAUGUCAAAACUUGGAAAGGUAUGGAGGAGUGUGUUAAACUGGGCCUGGCGAAAUCCAUCGGUAUUUCCAACUUCAACAAAGAACAAAUUGAAAGGGUCUUGGCCAAUUGCACCAUUAAACCAGUCACAAAUCAGAUUGAAGUAAAUCUAUUCAACACCGAAGAGAAAAUGAUUGCACUUUGUAAACAGCAUGACAUAAUUGUCACUGCAUACAGUCCGUUUAGCUCCCCAGCUAGGCCCUGGGCGAAAUCUGAUGAGCCGAUGCUGGAUUGGAAAAACCCUACACUUGUCAAAAUCGCGCAGAAGCAUAACAAGUCCGUUGGGCAAAUUCUCCUCCGCCAUCUUGUCCAACUCGGCACUGUACCCAUUCCAAAAUCGACGAAUUCAACGCGUCUUCGUGAAAACAUCGAUGUGUUCGAGUUUCAACUCUCCGCUGAAGAAAUGCAACAGAUUAAUUCAUUCAAUGUGAAUUUCCGCGCAAUCAAGGCUCCGGAAUUGGCUGAAUUACCGCAUUAUCCAUUCGAUAACUGGAUUUAAAUAAUUAUUUACAUAAAUAUAUCAAUAUAAUAUUAAAUUAAAUAGAAUAAUGUAAAUAAAAUAACAUAGAUUUUAUUUUAAAGCAA